GCCAAUGAGAACAGACAAACUGUAUUUGAACGCUGUAAAGCGGGUUUGCGAACAUUCGAGAGGGAACAAAGAAGGGGAUAGCAGCUCAUAUUUGUGGAGAAAAAAAGAAGGAUUAAUUAACAUUGUCAACGCCAGAAAGCUUUGUCAGCUGAUAAGAUUUUCACCAUGUCUCACAAACAGAUUUAUUAUUCCGACAAAUACGAUGACGACAAAUAUGAAUACAGGCAUGUAAUGUUGCCCAAAGACAUUGCCAAACGUGUACCAAAAACCCACCUGAUGUCAGAGACUGAGUGGAGAAACCUGGGUGUCCAACAGAGCCAAGGAUGGGUUCAUUACAUGAUCCACCAACCAGAGCCACACAUCCUGCUGUUCCGGCGCCCCCUGCCUAACCAGAAAUCGUAGGUGGAAGUGCUGUAGGCCAAGUGGGAAGUCCGAAUCAUAUCCCACCUAUCGACACUUAAAAAAAAGAGGGAUUAUUUCUGUCAGAUUGACAAACUCGGGUGGUAUGUGAUUUGGGCCAACCAAGUUGGACCUGAAGGACUUUCAAAGUUAUGAACAAUUGUCGUGGAACCGGGUAUGUUUUGAAGGAACAAAAUGGUCGCCAUUCUCUCGGGUAAAAGACAUGGCAACCUGUCCAACCGCGGUUUAUGGUGCAUCACAUCUCUUCACACGUGUCCAUGCUGUUUCUCUGUCAUUGAAUCUGUUUAUCUGUGUUUCUUUCUGCUUGGAUUUUUUCCAACUUUUGAUGUCACAAGAUGUGGGUCGUAAGUCGCUCGAACAUUACUAAAUUUAUGUAAGAAGCACUCAGGGUCACGGUCGGAUAAUAACACAAGUUUAAAAAAAAAAAAGGUCUGAAAAUGUUUUUCGUCUUGAAUGAAAUUGAAAACUUGUGACGAGCUGCUACUGUUUUAAAAGACACUGUAACAUUUUGUUGGCAUGAAAAUUUCCACCUUGAUCAAAGACAUUUUUCUAUACACUUUUCUAUGAGAGCACGUUGAAGGUUAAGCCCAGUCUCAAACCAUGUCUUUUCAGUGGAUCUGUCUGUACCAGUGAGCUGCGUAGUAUUUAUGAAUGUUAACAUUUCUGUAAUAAAUGUAAACGUAAUGUUUUAAGUCCUAUCUGUGCUUUGAUAGAGGUGAAGUCACAUCUGCUGCUGUUUGGUUAGAGGAGGCCACAUUCAUAAAGACAACGACUGCUUGUACUGACCAUUUUUUAUAAAGCUCUCCUAGAAUAAAUACUGAAUUGUGUGACGGGCUGCUGCAUUUUCAUUGGGUUGGAGUUUAUAAUUUGCGUUGUCAAAUAUUUAAAUGAUUUAUUUAUGUUUUACACCUUACCAUUAGUUUCAGUCAUUGGAUGGAAAUCUUCCGUAAAGUUUAAAUGAUGCCGUCAACACAUCGAACAGCUCAGUUUAACUGGCCUUGAUGUUAAUGUUACUUGCUAACUUAAUGCAAAUGUUAAAAAAAAAA